UGACGCUGUACCUCAGACCCCCUGUUGCUGGUCUCUAGUCAAGUUUCCCAUGCAAGGGAUGGCGACUACCCACCGUUAAUGGGGGAAGAGGGCUGAGCCUUACAGCUGGUGGGGGAACUCGGACGGAGCAGGAGGAGGAGAAGAACGACUGAUAUAACAAGACGGCUCUCGAUGCGCACACACAAUUUCCACUCACUCCAAGUCUUUGAACCAAGACAGAUAAAGGGGAGCGGGCUUUCAUUCAUUUCGAGCACAGACAACUUUUCUUUCUUGAGGCCGUGUUCGGUUCACCAGAUAAAGCUUAUAUGGCUUUAGAUUUAUUUUAAAGCUGAAAUAAAUAAAUAUUAGACGGCAGCUCUGCAACUUUACGAAACCUCCGAGCUGGGAAGACUGUUUUCCUACAACUGUGUGACACUUCUUAUAAGGACGUUAAAGCCUGAGAGUUUCUUCACCUACCGCGUGGUGCGGGAUUUUGUACUGAAACCGGGAUUUCUCAAAUGCAAACGUACAUGUAUGAGAAAGCAAUGGCCCAAGAGACAAGAAACGGAGGAACAUCUACGUUAAAUAACAACAAUGGUGUUGACAACAGUAAGAAGAAACUACUAAUAACGCUAGACAUCUGCUGUCUUCUACUUGCUAUGCUGCCCAGCCUUGUUCUACACCGUUCCUCUAUUCGACCAUACCAGCGAGGUUUCUACUGCAGUGACUCCAGCCUGAACUACCCAUUCAGAAGCAGCACCGUCCCCUCCUCUGUGCUCAUUUCUGUUGGGUUGACACUGCCUGCGGUGUCCAUUGCAAUUGGUGAAUGCUUCAGAAUUCACCAACUACAUGAGGGAACCAAGUCUUUUGUUGGAAAUCCCUAUGUGGCAGCUCUCUACAAACAGGUGGGUGUGUUUCUCUUUGGCUGUGCCGUCAGCCAGUCAUUCACAGACAUUGCCAAGGUGUCGGUGGGUCGUAUGAGACCCCACUUUUUAGAUGUAUGUAAACCAGAUCCCUCCACCAUCAACUGUUCCCUGGGAUACAUCACCAACUACACCUGCACUGGCAGUGAGAGUGAUGUACAGGAAGCUAGGAAAUCCUUCUUCUCAGGACACGCCUCUUUUUCAAUGUAUACCAUGCUCUAUCUGGCUUUCUAUCUGCAGUCCAGGUUUACAUGGCGCGGUGCUCGUCUCCUCCGCCCGCUGCUGCAGUUCACCCUCUUGAUGAUGGCCUUUUACACCGGCCUAUCGCGUGUCUCUGACCACAAGCACCAUCCGACUGAUGUCUUGGCAGGGUUUGUGCAGGGAGCCCUGGUGGCCUGCUGCAUAGUGUUUUAUGUGUCAGAUCUGUUCAAGCCCAGGGUGAAGCCAGUCACACCUCCACCCUCCCCCAUCAAAAAGGAGCUGCUUCCAUCAUCCGACAUAAUUGAGAGGAACAACCACCACAACAUGGUGUGAGAGAGACCACCUCUCUUUCCUGUGACCAAGGAGCCUGUAACAGGGCUGCUCACCUCCCAUUGGACAGUAGAAUGUAGCGACAAGAGACUGUAGCUGCUUCUUAAACGGCAUCCUCCUUCCUUUUUGAAAUGCCCGCCGAGGCACUUUGUGGACUAGGGUAUCAAAUUUGAGAUUUGCACAGCAGAGUCCACUCUCAUCUAGACGUAUUAUUUACUAUUAUGUUAACUACUUAUCAACAUUUGAGCCCAUUGUUUUGAGCACAAACGUAGAAGAAUUGAAAGCUAAAAGACAAAAUGAAUUAAGAAACUGAUGACAGGCGGAGCUGAGGGUGUGAAGGUUUGAUGGAAGUGUAACCAGAUAAAGGGAAAACACUUGUGAAAAAAAUGAAGAAAAGAGACAAAAUGAAAAAUAAAAAUAAAACAGACAAACCCUCUGCCUAGGAAGAGAGAGGACCUUCCAAUGAUGAUUCCUCUCUGAACUCUCUGUGGCCUUGGAGGACAGCAACUUCCUUAGCUAUAGGAAGGAUAUUACUGUGAUAACUAGCAGCAUAGAAAUAUUGACAGUAUAGAAAAAUAUAACGUAUAGCACUGUUUUUAGGUUCACAACAAUUUAUCACCACUUGCUGCCUGAGUUGGCUAACCCUAAAAAAACUUGAUGAUGCUGACAUCCAUGAGACAGACAUGCUUAUUCCCAGAGGAAAUUGACCAAGCCUAGUGUGGUAUUUUAACAAGAUUUCAUUGUUAGUAUAGCAUGGCUUUAAUAACAAUAACCCUGUACUGAUAGGCCACAGUGAGGAUCAUAUACUGAUCUUUUCAAGGCUUUAUAACUGACUGGCAGUCCUUUGUAGUGUAUGCCUUUCAGACCUUCAGCAUUGGACAGGGAAGCCCUCUGACUUUAUAUGUGUCUAUUUCCAGAUCUCUAGCACAUCAAGCUUUUUAUAGCGGACUGUCAGUGCAGCCCAAAC